GUUGCAGAAAUUGAAAGAGCAGUAGACUUGUAGCAUUAGGGCGUCGCCUAUUAUUAUUAUAUACGACCUUUCAUUAUUACCACCAAUAACAUAAAACGACCACCCCACUAACUCACUUCCACUCUCUCUCUGUCUCCACUCAACCACAACCCGCCGCUCAUUUUCCCCUCCGUCCCGUUCACACACACUCCGUUUCUCAUUUCCCGACUAUGUAAAAUCCCAACGGCAAACAAACCAACACUUAUAAUAUUUACUUACAUACACAGAACAGAACAGUCCAUCAAUGGCUUGGUUUGGUAUGGUUCGAUUCGGUUUGGUUCACAUUGCUCUGUUUUCAAGCCUCUGUUUUGCAGCAGACCCAACUAUCAACUAUGACAUGAAACUCUCUUACAUCUCCGCCUCUCCUCUUGGUGUUUCUCAGCAGGUUAUAGCAGUAAAUGGGCAGUUCCCUGGUCCUAUUAUUAAUUCUACUACAAACAACAAUGUUGUUGUUAAUGUCCAUAACAAUUUGGAUGAGAAUCUCCUAAUGACUUGGUCUGGCAUCCAAAUGCGACGGAAUUCAUGGCAAGAUGGUGUUCGUGGUACCAACUGUCCGAUUCCUCCGAAAAGGAAUUUUACUUAUAGUUUUCAAGUGAAGGAUCAGAUUGGGAGCUUUUUCUACUUCCCAUCUCUCAAUCUUCAACGAGCAUCCGGCGGGUUUGGUCCGUUUAUAAUUAAUAAUAGAGCCGUUAUUGCUAUUCCUUUUGCUCAGCCAGAUGGGGAAAUUAUACUUAUGAUUGGUGACUGGUAUAUAAAAAACCAUACGGCGUUGAGGGCUACCCUUGAUUCUGGAAAAGAACUUGACAUGCCGGAUGGAGUUCUGAUUAAUGGAAAGGGUCCGUUUAGAUACAACACAACGCUUGUGCCUGAUGGUAUAGAUUACGAAAGUAUUCAAGUCGAUCCAGGCAAAACUUACCGACUCCGUGUUCAUAAUGUUGGGACUUCAACUAGUUUGAACUUUAGAAUCCAGGGUCACAAUCUGCUUCUUGUGGAAACAGACGGACAUUACACAUCGCAACAAAAUUUUACUAGCUUUGAUAUACACGUGGGCCAAUCCUAUUCAUUUUUGGUUACUAUGGAUCAGAAUGCAACUUCUGAUUACUAUAUCGUGGCUAGUGCUCGCUUUGUGAAUGAAUCUAUUUGGCAAAGAGUUACUGGUGUUGCGAUCUUGCAUUAUUCCAAUUCAAAAGGACCAGCUUCUGGCCCGUUGCCAGAAGCACCUAGUGAUAUUUAUAACCAGUGGGCAGCAAUGACUCAACCAAGAGCCAUCAGGCAAAAUACAACAGCAAGUGGAGCUCGCCCAAAUCCCCAGGGAUCUUUUCACUAUGGUCAAAUCAAUAUCACUGAGACAUACAUUUUAAGGAGCUUGCCACCAGUUGUAAUUAACGGAAAAUUACGUGCAACAAUGAACGGGAUUUCAUUUGUUAAUCCUGAUACCCCAAUCCGGCUUGCUGAUUUGCACAAGGUGAAGGGUGCUUACAAGCUUGAUUUCCCUGACAAGCCACUUAAUAGGCCUCCUCGGAUGGACAUAUCUGUCCUUAAUGCUACAUACAAGGGGUUUAUCCAGGUCGUAUUGCAGAACAAUGACACCAAAAUGCUCAGCUUUCACAUGGAUGGGUAUUCAUUUUUUGUGGUUGGGAUGGACUUGGGAGUGUGGACUGAGGACAAAAGAGGUUCAUAUAAUAACUGGGAUGCUAUUUCUCGCUGCACAAUAGAGGUUUACCCUGGGGGUUGGACUGCAGUUCUUAUCUCUUUGGACAAUGUUGGAGUAUGGAAUCUUAGAGUAGAAAACUUAGACAGAUGGUAUUUAGGCCAUGAAACAUACAUGAGAAUCACCAAUCCUGAGGAAAAUGGUGAAACGGAGAUGGGCCCGCCUGCGAAUGUUAGAUAUUGUGGCGCCCUUCAAAGCUUGCAGAAGGAAUCAAAUCAAUCCUCUGCUGCCCCCGUUCUCGUAAACCAAUCGAAGUUGUUCUUCUCGGUACUGAUGGCACUCUGCAUUUCUCUUUUCAUUUUCAGCUAACUUUUGAUGCGUCUGUUAUUGAUUACAUCGGCUAGUUGUAGGUAUAAUGAUACUGUUGGGGAUACUUGUAAGUUGUAAUGCAUAGUUGGAUUAGCAUUUCAACUUUAGUCUUGUUGGUAGAAAAAAUUCAGGGUAUUGAAGACAUUCAAUUUGUUUUUUCUUUGAAAGAAAGAGAUUAAUUCGAGUUGGGUUGGUAUUUUUUUUGUCAAAGUUGGGUUGGUAUUAGGGAUCCAGCAUUUUGGUCUGUAAGUUACAAUUCAUAUACUCAUUCCUUGUCUUUUUGGUACAUUAUUCAGUUUUUUUGGAUAAUUGUAUAAACAUCUUAUAUCAGUUAAAUCAUGUUCAAUCUUUAA